CGCCUUCUUAUUGGCUCACAGGCCUACGCGAGCCUCCACACCUUCAUUAUUCCGAUUGGUCAGCUAGAUCUAAUAGCCCGCUUUUACCGCUAUCAGUGUCAAAUGCGAUUGGGCAACGGGUGGGCAAUUCCGCGUUUUUAUUGGCUAUCCGGGAUUUUUUUGUUCCAGUUACGCGGAUAGGUAACAGUUGUAAACGCAGCGCGUGCUGGAAGAAAAAGCGUAGGGUAGAAAACAAAUGCGCAUCUUUUCAGCACCGACUCCGUGGAUAGCAAGGACUUAAUUAGGAACAGGGAUCGAAAGCGGGUAGAUUGGCCGUUUCAGCUUCGCGGGGCACAAUCUGUAUUUUAUCUUUUUUCCUUCCCCACGGGCAGAGGGAUUUGCUGUGUGCACAGGAAGAUAGCGUUGAUUUGGUGAUAGGCGGAUUUAAAGCGCGUUGUGCUAGCUAGCUAUACUUGUUCGCCCUUAACGGGGCUGCAAGCCACAUCUGUCUAGCUAUCGAUAGAUAGAUAGAUAGAUAGCUACCUAGCUAGCUGAUAUAUAAAGAAAGCGCUAGGAUCAGUCUAAAUAUAAGGGACGACGUGGAGGCGGCCAGCAUCCAUUAAUACCCCGAUCUGGCGUUAUUCUGACAGGCUUGAUUUGCUUUAGUAGGAUCCUGGAUCGGGAGGGCCGGGAAUAACACAUCGUAAAUCGAACGAGAACUUCAGGAAUUCACGAUUUCCUCGGUUUUCCUUGGUCGCGACGCUUCGAGCUGCUGAUCGUGUUGCUGUAGCUUGUAGGCUCGUCUACUGCCCGCUUUGCGCUUGUGUUAUUCCCGUUAUUCUCCGACCCCGGAUCCCGCGCUCUCGCAUAUGCCGUUUGCCCCCCGCUUCCAGCCCAUCUCUCAUUCCUAGCGACUCGUUGCCUCCGUUUCCAUAGAAGUUCGGUUUCAGUGCAGCUAGCCAUGUGCUCCCGGGUGUGGUUUGUUACUGACCGGCGGAUCAGCCAAGAGUACCCGCAGGUUCAGAUUCUCAGGGCUCUGAAGCAGCGCUGCGCUGAGGAGGAUGUCGAGUUCCGCUCGUUGCUUAUGGAUCAGAUCGUGCUCACCAUCUCCGAUGGACAACUGGGGCUGCGUGUCGAGCAGGAGAUGGUGACGUCCUACCCGCAGGUGGCCGUGGUGAGGGUCCCCACGCCCUGGGUGCAGUCAGACAGCGACAUCACCGUGCUGCGGCACCUGGAGAAGCUGGGCUGCCGGCUGGUGAACCGACCGCAAGCGAUUCUCAACUGCGUCAACAAGUUCUGGACCUUCCAGGAGCUGGCCGGCCACGGGGUGCCCCUGCCAGACACCUUCUCCUAUGGAGGACAUGAAAACUUCCGCAAGAUGAUCGACGAGGCAGAACCCCUGGGGUAUCCUGUCGUUGUGAAGAAUGCACGUGGCCACAGAGGGAAGGCUGUGUUCCUUGCCCGGGACAAGCACCACCUGACGGACCUCAGCCACCUGAUCCGGCACGAUGCGCCCUACCUCUUCCAGGAGUACGUCAAAGAGUCCCACGGCAAGGAUGUGCGGGUGGUGCUGGUGGGGGGCCGCGUCAUCGGCUCCAUGUUGCGCUGCUCCACCGACGGCCGCAUGCAGAGCAACUGCUCCCUGGGCGGCGUAGGUAUGAUGUGCCCAUUGAGCGAGCAGGGCAAGCAGCUGGCAGUGCAGGUGUCCAACAUCCUGGGCAUGGACGUGUGCGGCAUCGACCUGCUGCAGCUUAACGACGGCUCCUUCGUGGUGUGCGAGGCCAACGCCAACGUGGGCUUCAUCGCUUUCGACCAAGCGUGCGGCAUGGACGUGGCGGGCAUAGUGGCCGACUACGCCCUCUCGCUGCUGCCCAGCCGCCUCACCCGCAAGAUGUCGCUGCUGUCGGUGGUGUCCAGCGCCAGCGAGACGAGCAGCGAGCCAGAAGCAUGCCCCCCGCCCAACGCUCUGCCUGAGGCCGUGUGCACCAUGAGCGUGGGCUCCACCUCCAGCGAGAGCGACCCGGAGCUAGCGGAGAGCCGCGACGGCCCUGCCCCAGCCCUGCCCGACUCCGCCUACAACAUGAACACUCUCCUUGCCAAUGAGAUCAAACUGUUGACUGAGUGAGCUGGGCGCAACAGCAAGUCACAUACAGUGCACGUGUAUACAUACACUCACACACAUACAUACAUGUUUACACGCAUACUCGUUUACACACAUGCAUCUAAGUGUCAUGCGCAGACAUGGACUGACACACGCAGCCCCAGCAAAACGUGGGUGACAAACUCGAACACACGAACACACACACGCAUGCUUUACACAAGCGCGCAUGUGCAUUCUGUCUGACAUAUCUACCCCCACCCCAAAUCCCCACCCACAACUAGAUCUGAGGCUGCUCCCCUGACACCCCUCCCCCCCAAUCCCUGGUAAAAUGCCCCCCCAUGGACUUUGUAUAGACUAGUUCUCCUGACCGGCAUUUAAAUUCAGUGGCUUGUGAAGGUGAUCUCUGAGGUCGGGGAUAGUUUCAGGGCAGGAGGCGGAAGUGGAAUGCCCCCGAUCUGUGCCAAACACGCCCGGUAUCAGGUGGGAAGAGUAGUUCAGUUGGAGUGGAAAUGCAGUGCUUUCUGAUGGCCUUUCCCUGUGCCUGAAUGAGUGGCUGGCUCCCCUAUGCUGCACGUGGCCUCCCAGUGAGAGGAAGGGGGACUCGCAGAGAGUGACAUAGAGAGCGCCCCCUAUAGGACUCCUGAAAGUCCCAGCUAUUGAUAGAUCCACAUCCAGAUAGUGACGGGAUGACAGGAGGGAAUGAUCCCUGCCUCAUUCCUCCUCCCUUUUAUCUUUCUUCUUUUAGCAGACAGCUUGAGUAGAAAUUGCUCGAAAUGGCUUAAAUCCAGCAAGACGACACACUUAAAGUACCUUUGAAAGGAAACAGUUCCCAGCGCUCUUUAGCCGUCAGUCAUCGGAAACUGCUCCUGAUCUUUUUAUUGCAAGCACUUUAAGGUAAAUGAUUUGCAAGAACUUUUAGCAAAACAUAACUGUCAGAUAGGGAUGUAGAGACCAGCCAUGAUGUGUUCAUAUGAAAUUUUACUAAACCAGUUCUUAUGGUCAUAUACCUCAGUUAAAUUUUCACUGCCUUACUGAUUCACCAGGAAAUACAUUUAAAGGACAGAAAUGUUCUUAAUCACACAAGCCUGAGCUGCUGCUGCCUCAUUGAGGCAUGGGGGUGGACGCUGUUAUCAUGCAAAUUAUCUUCAUGUUACUGGGCAGUGUUCAGAGCUGCUUGAAUUGAUGGCCAGCAUUCUCUAAUUUUAGCCAUUGGCUAAGACACAGAAAUCCUCACUGCGCAAAAAAACUUAAGUGUCAACUAAGGGUUUUUUUUUUAAAUUGGUUUGUCCCAUGUGAUUAUCUGGCCAAGUAUAAAUCUGAUUGAGGAAGUACGUGUUUUUUUUUUACACUGACCAGGUCUUAUUGUGCAAAUAAAAAUGUAAACAAAGUCUGCUUUUGUUACUCCUAAUUCUUACAUUGCUGCAAGUGGGCCCCACUUCUGCAUUUUCUCAUUUGUUAGUUCUUGGCAAAAGAUUUUCAUCAACAAAAAAAAACUCAUCAGUGGUCAACCUCAACUGCCAUUACACUAAAACACUUCCUGUUUGUCUGGACAAGUGAAUAUCAGUGUUGUCGAUACCUGUGAGGCAUCUACCUAUGGCCUCCUAGCCAAAACUGACACGAUAAAGCAUCAGACUGGACUUUGUGAGCAGUUACACUUCAUGUCACUUAAUCACUUGACCGUCACAAGAUGUUUGCAGCUUACAUAGGGUCUGUAUACUGUUGUGUGGGAGGACUUUCUUAUGCUGUUUGUUCAUGGACUGAGCUCAGGGGAAGCAGCCCGGAUCUCCCUUCUCAACCCCCAAGGCAUGUGAUGUGUUCACUAUAGGUAGAGAUCUGCUUUAAAAAAAUAUUCACAAAUGUGCAAACAGUCUCUGAAAAAGAUGUGGUGUACCACAUUCGUUAACAUGCAUUUUUGUCUCUGUUAAAAAAAAAAAUCUGUUUAAUUUAUGGUGUACAUUUUUAAAGGUUAUUGACUUGUGUGCAGUACUGUCUCAGACUGAGACAUUCCAGCUGAAAUUUUGUGGGAUUGCUUUAUCUCCCUCUGGUGCGGUGCAGGCCUCACAGGCGGUCCUGAAACACACGGCGACACUCUGGAUUACGACGGCGCGCUCAGAGUGCGGUCACACGUAGGCAGUGGCUGCUCAUAGGCACGCUUAUGGUUUGGAAAAGAAAGUGUGGUUCUCGCCAUUGUGACGUGCACAAAGGAUUUGAGCCAACGUGCACAGAAUCCACAGGGGGGGGAGGGGCCAUUUGAACAGCAACAUUGGCUGUAAUUUGUGUGUCACAAGCCACAUUCAUGGGUUUAUUUCUCACCCUUGUGGUGUUAAAUGUGGUCUUAAGUUUCUUCCUUCCUUUGUUAGGACAUGUUGAAACAUGGUCUAUGGAUAAUCCUUAGACUGAUGCUUAGCUGUUACUUUUUUUCUGCAGGUGCUGCAAUGAUUAAGAAAUUUCCCAUGUGUCUAGAUUCCAUUUAUUUGUAAGUGCGGCCAGGUCUGCAAUUGCAUAAAAAGUAGAAUGCCCUAAUGACGGUGGCUGGUUCAGAGUAACUGGUGACACAUCAUCCAGCGCGGAAGGUCAAUUCUAUCCUUUGUUCCCACAGAUAAUGGGAGAAUAGUGCAUAUUUCUUAUUAACCAUUGCUAGUUUAUUCUUGUACAAAUUACAACAGCUACAGACACGUUAAAAGGGAAUUUAAGAGAGGUUUGCCUAUGGGGUUCACGGUUUUUCCAUUUAAAGUGUUUGGGGAGACUCUUUGCCAAGAAUACAUGCGUUUUUUGUAUUUAUUAACAUGUUAACAUUCCUGUAAUGUUGUUUUAACCUUUUUGAGUGCGUAACAAACAUUUUCAGUCAGAGAACAUAGGUUUUUUUUUUAUGUGUUAGAAAUGGGUCCAGGAACAUCUGGAUUUGUACAGGUUUCUGUUUUUGGUAAAUUAGCAUAAGUAUCUAUGUAUUUACAUAACUGAUUUUGUAUAAAUGAAUCAGUUUGUGCUGAAUUUCAGUUAGUACUCUAAAUUACCAAAAACCUUACAAAAAUCACCAAAUACUCUAGUAGUAUUAUUAUAUUACAGUAAAUUAUUUUUCAACAUGAUUUAUAUAUAGUAUAUAGUCAGUUUCACAGCCAGUUGUACAUAUUACUCUGAACUGAAGUUUGGAGGGAAUAAGACUAAGUUUGAGGUUCCAUUUGUCAGCCGGGACGCAUCAUCGCAAGCGUGACGGCCCUAUUCAUUAGGCCUCGAUGACAUGGACGUUUGGCUUAGUCAUUAAGUUGAAAUGCAAUAUUCAUUCCAGGCGCUGGUGUAACAGAUUGAUUAAAUUAUUCAUCCUCAAUGCAAUGUUAAGAAUACUGAUGGUGUUACAAACUGGAUUCCAUAUCUGGUUUUAUUUAAUGAUUAAUUUGUGCCGAAGUAUGUAAAUACACCCUUCUUUUUUAGACUAAAUAAAAAUGCCAUACUGAUGAAA